AUGGAGCAUCCUUCUCUUUCCAUGGCGAUAUUCCUCCUUGCUCUCUCUCUCCUACCCAGCAACAACAUCGACCAAGCACAGGCAUCACCCGCAGCAGGUGAAAAACCAAACCACGGCGGCACGGCGCCGGCGGAGCUGAUCCCUAUCAAGCUGGUGGGACGCGACGGCGACAGGAUCACCCUAGCCCUGCAGCCCCACGACCUCUCCCUCGCCGGCUUCGCCAACGGGAGCCACCACUGGUUCAUCUUCCCCGGCAACGAGCACCUGAUCCGCAACGGCACCACGCUCCCGUUCGGCAACACCUACCGCGACCUCAUCGGCGGGCUGGCCAACCUGCCGAGCCUGCCGCUAGGGCGGGAGCCCGCGCUGCGCGCCAUCAGCGCCAUCUCCGCGUGCGACGUCGACGACGAGCUGGGCGCGCUCAAGCGCGGGCUGGCCACGCUCACGGUGACCAAGUGCGAGGCGCUGCGGCUGGCGCCGGUCAGGGACACGGUCUCCGGCGGCUGGGAGAGCGGCGACGCGCGCCUCACCGAGCAGCACCUCCGGUACAUCGAGCACUGGGACACCAUCUCCUUUGAGAUCGUCCGCGCGCACAAGACGGGGGAGUGGAACGGGCCGUUCACCGAGCUGCUCAGGAAGAAGGCCGACAUCCACAGCAAGGAGGAGGCGCUCGCCGUCGUCAGUGUGGUUGCCAAUCCUACCUUGGCUCAGGUUCUCAUGGCGCACGCUCGCAGUGCCUGACUGCCAAUUGAUCUGACGACGUAGCAAUUGAUCUUGAGUUCUUCACUGUUGGUUUUGCUUCUCAGAAUAAUAGGCUACUAAUUAAUAACGUACGUAGAAUCAUCUGUAGCUUAGCUUGCUUUUUAUCGGUCUCGUGAGUGUUUUAAUGUGUGUCCCAGUUCGGAGUUUCCAACAACAACACUAGAUGUUUUUGUUUAUUGAAAGGUUUCAGCAGUACUUGUUUAAAAUCUUAGAUAGAUUGCGCU